AUGUCCGAGGAAAGCAAGCAGAACAACGACGACGCCCUUCCUCAACCCAUCAAGGAGGUCGAGCCGGCACCGGACGGGGGCCUCAAGGCGUGGCUCACUAUCCUUGGCUCCUUCCUCUCCAUCUUCGUGCAGUUUGGUCUUGUCAACUCGUUUGGCGUCUUCCAAGUUUACUACGAGACCAUGUUUCCGCACCUCUCCCCUUCGACUAUCAGUUGGGUUGGCGGUGUGCAGCAGUUUAUCCUUUUCGGUGGUGGACUCUUUAUCGGUAGACUCUUCGACGCUUACGGCGCACAUGUCCUUCUUAUCCCUGGAUCGAUUCUCCUCGUGUUGGGCUUGAUGCUCACAUCAAUCUGCACCGAGUUUUAUCAAGUCAUGCUGGCCCAUGGUGUCCUCUUUGGUAUCGGCACAAGUCUCACGUUCCACCCCUCAAGCGCAGUACCAGGGCAGUGGUUCCACCACCGCCGUGCGUUUGCCAUGUCCUUUGCGAUUGCGGGCUCUGGACUGGGAGGCACACUCUGGCCGGUCGCACUCAAGCAGAUGUUCGACACUAUCGGCUUUGCAUGGGCCUUGCGGGUAGUUGGGUUUAUCUCCCUCGUGCUGCUUGUUACUGCCAACAUGCUCAUCCGAACUCGCCUGCCACGCAAGACUCCUGCGCCGCUGUCGACCACCUUCCACCCGUUCAAGGAGGCGCAGUACACCCUACUGGCUCUUUGUGCUGCCUUCACUUUCUUGGGCCUUUUCACCCCGUUCUUCUACUCUACAACGAGGGCCGAAAGCAUGAGCUCGGCGACGAUCACCGGAUACACGGUGUCUCUUAUCAACGCCGGCUCGACCAUUGGCCGUCUCUUGGGUGGCAUCGGGGACAAGGUUGGUCGAUUCAAUGUCCUCGUCGUAUCGGCCGUUCUUACCGGCACUCUUCUCCUCGCCUUCUGGAUCCCCGCCCACACGCUCCCGGCCAUCCUCGCCUUUUGCGUCAUGUAUGGCUUUGUCGCAGGCGUCUACAUUGCGGUUGUCUCCACUUGUGUUGCCCAAAUCUCGCACGUGAGCGCCAUCGGUCACCGGAUCGGCCUUCUCUGGGCCUUGGUCGGCUUUGUGACCCUCGCCGGGCCACCUAUCAAUGGUGCACUCAUCGCGCAGUACCCUGGUGAACAAGGCUAUCGCCUUGCCGGAGCGUUCAGCGGUGCGGUGAUCAUCCUUGGAGCCGCGAGCGGUCUUGCCGCGAGGCUUCGGAGCCACCGUAGCCUCCUUGCCGUCGUUUAA